AUGGGCAACGUCAACGCAAAGCUCUCAGUCUGGGACCCAAAGACAAACUCGUACAUCCCCGGCAUUGAACUCGAGCGCCGCGAGGCUGCCCGAAAGAUGGCUCUGAACAAGCCCAAACACACCUCUAUCAUCAAUCCUGACGAGACACAUCCACUCGAAGACGACGAUGACAAGCCAGACGACGACCCAGACGAUCUUCUCGACGCUGAGGGUCUUCCAGAGAAACGCCGCAAGACAGCAUCAGGCUCGGCGGAACGCGUCAUCGAAGUCAAGAAAUGGGUCCAAGUCCCCCUCGCUGUGGCCGAGAAGAUGCCCGAGCCGAAAUACCUCGCAGAUCGCCGGCCAGGCAUGGAAUCUCUCUACAAAGGCGCCUACAAGGCUACAAACGGCUUCGGCACACUAGGAGACAUGGGGGCUGCGGCCACGAGUGGUGCGACCGCAGGGUAUGACCUUGGCGACCCGACUAGUGCGCUUGCGGGCGGCAGUGGAUCUGGCCCUCUGAACGGUGGAGCAGAUGGCGCGAACGUCGACGGAACAGCAACACCUGCGCGCAAGAAUAUCCCGCCUCGUCGUAAGAAGAAGGGUGGGCCAGGACGGCGCCCGAAGAACUGGAAGCCACCGACCGAUCCUAACGCCCCACCCUCGAAUGAUACCACCACGGCCGAAACGGCCGCUGGCGCGACGGCGGGAGAUGGAAGAGACACGACCAUGGAUGAUACGCCGGCUGCAUCUGGAGAACGCGUCGGCACUACCGGUGAAGGACCCGCUGUGCAGAGUGAGGCGAACAAUCAAGACGGAGAUGGAGACGGAGACGGCGAAGGCGAAGGCGAAGGCGACGGCUCAGGGUCCGAGAGCGAAGGGGAAGGCAGUGAGGAAGGCGAGAUUGCUCCUGCUAAUGCACCGGUCCAAGAAGACUUGGCCGAGAAUGUUGUACCCGAACCUGUGGUGGAGACUGUGGUGGAGACUGCGGCUGCCGUCGUUGUUGAGCCAGAACACGCUACCGAGAAGGAAGAAGAAGAAGAGAAACAGGGUGCUGAAGAUGUCGUUGUCGCUGAUGUUGAGACACAGGAAGUCGCCACUGAGAAGGACGCUGAGAAGACGGAAGAAGUUGCGACGGGCCUGGAAGUGGACGUGCUUGGUGCCCUAGAGGCUGCAGUCGAUAAAGAAGCAGGCCAGAGCGCUGAAUGA